AUGGUUGUUGACAGUUACAGACCUAUUGCGGACUCUCGUCAGCGCCUUUACGACCUCAAGCAUCGCUUUGAUUCCUCGUCAAAGACCGCGGCACACGAGAAAGCAACUGAAAACAUCAAGCCCGCCAAAAUCGUCAAUGAUGGAUUCAUCAGAAAGAAAGCAAGUCGGACAUAUCACCUCAGCUCUUCAGAGAGCGGGAGUAACGACGAAAUAUCUUCACAAAAACCGUCGUCAAUCGCUUCGCGUAGCAGGUCCCUGCGAACUCCAAGCCGUGAGAGGUCCAUCAGGAGGGAGCCGCCCAAGCCAUUUGACACACCUGCAACCCCAUUCCUGAUGUGGAAGGUCACACAAGGGAGUGGAGGAGAGCAGAAUGAAGAGGGCAGCAUGAGUACAAUGGUCCGUCUUCUCCGCAAAAUUGACGGGUCUCUCCGAGAGAGUAUUCUUUACGGCAGGGUUUAUAAAAGCGGUUACGAGUGCUCUCUCGAAGACAUCUACGACCGCCACGACAUUUUGAGCGUCAUGGGAUCGGAGUCUGCGACAGUCAAAAUUACAAAAGACAAUUCUACCGAAGAGUCGAAGAAAGGGUCAGCGUCGCAGAAGAGUCCUGCUUCAUCCCGUUCGACAGAUGGCUCUCCAAAGAAACAAGAGGGUCUAUACGUGAAUACCACGGAGCAGGCGAAUGAUUUAAUUCGGGACGUGUUUACAAUUUCUAAGACGAUCUUAAGUCUGUAUUUGCCACUCAAGGAUGACGGAGCGGGGUUCUAUGCAGACAUCAAAGGUGUCAUAGAUCGAUUUUGGGGUGCAUUGGACUUGAUCUUCAGACACAUUCGAUUCGCGGCACUCAAGACUGCCGCCGAGGGCGAACAGUCCUGGAUUAUUCGAGGAUCUUGCUACGACCAUGCUAAGAACCCUGUAUUCAAGACAUGUGAUGCAUGCGAUAGCAAGAGAGAGUACGAUCUCGUCGGAGCUCUUGAGCACCUUCACGCUUGUCGUGCUCAUACUCAGUCGCCGGACCACCUAGUGCCCGCCACACCUCACGAAGACCCAUGUAUCGUGUGGCUCCAGAAUGCAAGGACGGCGGAGAAGGACCGUCUGUUUAAUACGUUGAUCGAAGGUUUGACAGUCUUCAAAGGGGAUCUUGGAAGAAUUCUCGACGUGUCAAGAGAGCUCCAUCUCUUUAUUGCGAGACCAGGAAACCGACCAGAAGAAGGAUUUAAUGAGCGUGUUGGUAACCGAGGUACUGAAAACGACAGAGACGGGAUUCCUGGCACCCCAAAUGAGACACAUGAGACGGCCAACGGUUAUCCAGGUACAUCUCGCGAGGAUGGCGACCAAAAAACCCAGGAGCAGAAGAGGAGCAUCGAUCAGACUGAGGCGCCAGCUUUGCCGACCAGUCUUCUCCGUGCUUUUGAGAACAUCGUAGCGCUGUUUUCUGUCCAGGCUGGAAUUGUCUUACUGACAUCGAGAGAGAAAAACUCCAAAGGUCACCGAAACAACCGUUUGAGCAAGGCGAAGACUCGCUAUGUAUCCACCCUCAAUGAGGUGAUUGCGCAUAUCGAAAGCGCAAGAGAGGACCUCAUCCUCGGUAUUACGGCCGAAAACACAAGCAGUGUUCGACUUGGUGCUGUCGGAGCCGAGUACAUUGUCGCGAUGGCCAUGGCCAACGUUCAGACAGGCGCCUUUCGUAUCGGCGCUGGGUCAUCCAAGGUACCCCUGAGCUUUUCUGGGAUCGGCGGAGAGGUACGCAGAGGAACAAGAAGGAGGGCCGUUACGUGGACGGAAGACCUAGGUGUUCUCGAUGCUGCAUCCCAAAAGCCGGGGCACAAAGUAGCAGUGCCCACGACAUCCUUGGAUCUCAUAGCCCUCUACGCAGCUCAUGCGCGUGCUCUCGACUUCAACGCAAGUCUACGUCCAAAACGCCGAGCAUUCCUGGCUAUUCGCGCACUCGAAGAGGAACUCCAGGCUCUCAAAGACCUCAACGUAACUCAGUGGCAUUGUCUUGACAACAGUAAACGCGUCUCAGAUCCCACGUCCUUCCAUGUCGUGAAUCGAGAGAGAAGAGCACGGUUUUCACUGGAACGAAAAGUCAUUGAGCGAGCCAAGGCGGAAAGACAGCGUGAGCAUGACGAGCUACUCGUUAUGUUGCACCGAGCUGCCGAUCUGCGGGCCAGAGUAAAGGAGAGUAUUGAGGUCCUAGACGAGGGACAUGGGAAUGCCAUUCGAGUGUUCACCUUGGUCACAUUAUUUUUCCUACCCCUGUAA